AUGGCGGCACUCCAGGCCCAGCGCCUCUUCUUGGUCCCGUCUACCUCCACUCCUUCUACUUCUACAGCGCGGCCACGGCCACGGCCACGGCGGAGCAGCGUCGCUGCCUGCCGCGCCGCCCUGCACGUGCCUUCGGGUAUUCACGCCGCGCAGGAGAACCUCACCUUCCAGCUCGACUGGAUCGAGACGCCGCGCGUGCCGGCCUCCCCUUCGUCUGAGGUGUCGCUGGAGAAGCUCCGCGCGAUCGCGGAUGCCGCGGCGGACCGCGCCGAGAUGCACGACAUCAUCGGCAGGCAGCGCGACAACUGGAACCACCUGCUGCUCCACUCCACCAACUCACUCACGCUCGCCGCCUCCGCCAUGGCCGCGCUCGCUCCCGCCGCGCCGACCAUGGUCGCGCUCAAGGCCUCCGCCGGCGUCCUCCUGGCCACCGCCGCCGUCACCAUGGCUGCAGUCAACAAGAUCCAGCCUUCGCAGCUCGCCGAGGAGCAGCGCAACGCCACGAGGCUCUGGAAGGAGCUCGAGCGGGAAGUACGCGGCAUGCUCGCGCUUGGCGCUCCGAUUGCCAAGGCCGACGUCAAGGAGGCCAUGGACCGGGUCCUCGCCCUCGACGCCGCCUACCCGCUGCCGCUGCUCCCUGGCAUGCUCGAGAAGUUCCCCAAGGCCGUCGAGCCCGCGCGCUGGUGGCCGACCCGUCGCCCCGCGCAGCCCAAGAAGUCCAAGAGCUUCGGCCGUCGCGGCGCUGCGGCUGUCGCUUCCGGCAACGGAUGGACCCAAGAUCUCGAGGACGACAUGCGAGGCCUCCUCCGGGUCAUCAAGGCCAAGGACGAGAACGAGUUCUUGACUGUCGGCAAGCUGGUGCUGAACCUCAACAAGGGCCUCGCUGUGGCCGGCCCGGCUCUGGCCGGCACUGCCGCGCUCGCCUCGGUGUUCAUCGGCUCCGGCGAGGCCGGUACGUGGGCGUCGGGGGCGGCCGUCCUCGGCGGCGCGCUAGCCGCAGCUGUCAACACGGUGGAGCACGGCGGGCAGAUGGGCAUGCUCUUCGAGCUGCUCCGCAACUGCGCCGGAUUCUACCGCAAGAUCCACGAGGACAUCGAGGCCAACCUCGCCGAACCAGACGUUGACCGGAGGGAGGGCGGCGAGUUGUUCGCAACAAAGGUUGCGCUCAAGCUCGGCCGGAGCCUGUCGGACCUCAAGCAGUUCAGGGAAAUGGCCUCGCCGUCCGUCAGGGACGAGGACAUCAAAGAGUUCGCCGGGAAACUCUUCUAA